CCUUGUCAAAUACAAUUGGACGACUUUAGCGGCCGGAGGCGCUAGUUGCUGCACUCUGGCCUCAGCUAGUGUUGUGCUCAAACCCUUAAACCCUGAAUCUCCCCCAACCUGCAAUUUGCCAUUGGAAAACAGAAACUCAUAGAUCUAAAGUCUUGUUGCUCAACUUAAUGCAUCUACAAGAAAGAAGAACAAUUUUUCUUUACUAAUUUACAACCCUUUUCAUCAACCAUUUCCAAAUAUUUCCCCAAAAUGACAAUCCAUUCAGUAGUAAUCCAAAAGCUUCUCAGCACUAACGCCCAUUUGGGUCGUCGCGUUGCAGCACACCACUUUAAAAUCUACUCAUGCGGCAGCCGAAACGCAAUGACAAUCAUAGACUCCGACAAGACACUCAUCUGCCUCCGCAACGCCUGUUCCUUCAUUGGCGAGCUCGUUCGCAACAGAGCCCGCUUCAUUUUCGUCAACACCAAUACCCUUUUCGACGAAAUAAUCGAUCAGAUGACCAAAACCAUUGGAUGCAGGAAUGAUACCUCCUGGCGUCUUGGAGGCUUUUUAACAAACAGUUCGAGUCCGAGAAAGUUUCGAGGUCGGAAUAAGAAGUUGAACCUUGCGGCUGUGCAGCCCCCUGAUUGCGUGGUGAUUUUCGAUACGGAGAGGAAGUCUUCUGUGAUUCAGGAAGCUUCUAAGUUGCAAAUUCCGAUUGUGGGUCUUGUUGAUUCGAGUAUGCCUUGGGAUAUUUACAAGAAAAUUACCUAUCCUGUGCCCGCAAAUGAUUCGGUGCAAUUUGUGUACUUGUUUUGUAAUUUGAUUACAAAGACUUUCCUCUAUGAGCAGAGAAGGUUGAAUGCUGCUUUGGGAGCUUCUGCGAUUGCGAAGCCUGAUAUUAGAGAGGAAGCUGAACAACUUGACAAGAUCAAGAUGGCUAGCAAGGAUAAAAUUUACGUUCUGCCUUAUGAAAGAUUAGAACCUGCUUCUGAGGAUCUUACAGAGAUUAAGCAGCUACUGGACAAACUUGUUGUGUUAAAGUUCAAUAGUAAUUUGGGAUCAGAUAUGGGUUUCAGUGGACCAAAAUCUGCACUUGAAGUAUGCCAUGGAUUUACUUGUCUGGAUUUGGUCGUCAAUCAUAUUGAGUCCAUCAACUCGAAAUAUGGUUGCAAUAUUCCAUUGCUUAUGAUGAAUACUCCUAGUACACACGAUGGCAUCCUGAAGGUGUUGGAGAAGCACCCGAAUAAAAAUAUCCACACUUUCAUUCAGAGCCAACAUCAACAAGAAAAUAUUGAAGAUAUGCCAGGGUCACGGACCCUUGAUAAAUCAAGAACUCAUGACGAACUAUAUCCUUCCAACCUGCUGGAGGUUUUCCUUUCUUUGAACAGCAGUGGAAAACUUGAACCACUAAUUUCUCAGGGUAAGGAGUAUUUCCUUCUGCUGCAGUCAGAUAACCUUGCUGAAGUUGUUGACCCAAAAAUCCUGAGUCAUUUGAUUAAGAACAGCGUAGAACAUUGCGUCGAGGUGAUGCCUACCACCUCAGGAACGGAAGAGAGGGGUCUUCCGCCUCAGGAAGCGAGGAUUCAGUCAAAGGAGAGUGUCAAAUCAAUCAAUACAAUGUGGAUGAGUAUGAGCUGCGUUGAGAGGUUACUACAGAGAAGUGAUCUGGGUUUUACCAGUUCAAAGUUUUUCGAUCGAGCAUUUGCUAUUGACAGUCCAUCGUCAAGAUAUCUUCCAGUUGAAAGAACAUCAGAUUUGCUCAUUUUGCAGUCAGAUCUUUACACGUCAGCUGAAGGCACGUUGGUGAGAAAUGCAGCAAGAGCAAAUCCCAAGGAUCCUUCUAUUGAAUUAGGACCCGAGUUUGGAAAUGUUAAUGAUUUUCAUAGUCGUUUCAAGUCAAUUCCAAGCAUUAUAGAACUUGAUAGCUUGAAGGUGACUGGGGAUGUUUGGUUCGGAACUGGCAUAACUCUCAAGGGGAAAGUCAGUAUUGCUGCAAGACCAGGCAUGAAAAUAGUUAUUCCUGAUGGAAUGGAGCUCAGAAAUAGGCUUAUUACCAGCCAGGCAGAUAUCGGAACGAGUUCCUUGUAGAUGGGAUGCAAGAUGAUGUAUACCCUAAUAAGGUUGUUUUUCUAGUUUUCCUUGAUUCAAAAGUAGAGAUAUUGAAGAGCAGAAGAAAGCAUCAUAUAAUUUUACAUCGAUUAUUAACGGCAACUGAUCGAGCAUUUUCCAAGUUCGAAAAACUAAAUUAUGAAAAGCUCACGGAAGGGUGAGAAUUGUUUCUUCAUUCUGAUUUGUCUUACUAUGAAAUAGCAAAUCUCCCUUUAUUUUUGCUGAUUCAACCCUCUAAGUUUACUAAAGGACAUGUAAGCCCUCAAGCUUAACGUCUUGCAUCUCUUUUUUGUCCUUUUUAUUUAAUUUAAUUGUGCUCAAUCUUUUGUAAUUGGUUAAGAGGAAGACGUCUCCCCUUGGACAUAUUUGUCACUUUUGGCAAGGAGCAAGAGACUUGACCAUUGCUUGCAUUGAACAUGAGAUCAAGCACAUCCUAUGUUUAAUAUGAUGAAAAAUAUUUUGUUGAAGCAGAUUAUGUGGAGUUGAAGUUUAUA